AUGAAGCUGACUAUUUGCUUUCUAUUGUUUUGUGUUUUGUACGCAGGUGCAACUACCAAGAGCAUGGAUAUCGUGGAUGGAGCCCUUCAAACACCUGAAGCUGAUGGAAUCAUGGGAUUUGGUCUCGAGCUACUUCUGACAAAAUUGGAACACAUCGAUCAGAAGCUAUUGGAGCUUCAAAUCCAAAUCAAAGAUAUUCAACAAAAAAUGGCUAACGGUCAAUGCGAUUACCAGAAGACAACAACAACACCGAGACUAAAGUUACCUCCUUUCGCAUCAUGCAAAGACGAGCCGUCUAAAGUGUCGGGAGUGUAUCUUAUCAGAGUGAACAACAACAGUGCACCGUUCAGCGUCUUUUGUGAACAGGAGAAAUUCGAAGGAGGCUGGAUUGUAAUGCAGCAUCGCUUCAACGGUUCGGUUGAUUUCUAUCGCAACUGGGCCGACUACCGAGAUGGUUUUGGACAGUUGAACAGCGAGUUCUGGCUCGGAUUGGAGCGAAUUCAUCAACUUACAACUGCCCGUAAACAUGAAAUCAUAAUCGAGAUGAAGGACUUGAACGGCAUCUAUAAGUAUGCCCACUAUAAUGCAUUUGAAAUUGGCAGUGAGAGUGAGCAAUACAGGCUUAAGGACCUGGGUUCAUAUGAUGGCACAGCAGGAGACUCAAUGACGCAGUACAACAAGGGGGCGAAGUUCUCAACGAGAGAUCGGGAUAACGAUGGCAGAUCUACUUUUCAUUUUGCUGAGCAUUACAAGGGUGCCUGGUGGUACCGUUCUGGUGGCGGCAGUUCGAAUUUGAACGGACUUUACAAGAAUUCUAGCUUUACUUCAAUUCGGUGGUAUACACUUAAAAACGGGUAUCAAGAAUUGAGCUUCACCAGGAUGUUGAUCCGUGAGUUAGAUUGA